AUGGGAAGAUCAAAAAGUGUGGCCGGGCCGCAAAAAGUAGACGACUUUUUCGAUCAUUACCGGAAGAAUGAGAAGUUGCAACACGCGGAUGUUGGCGUGCAAUUUUUACCACUCAAGUUCGAGAUCAAUACAGGAUCGAAAGAAUUCGAUGGAGCAGGGGCUUCUGAUCCGUCUUACAUGCCCGGAAAUCGAAUUCAGGCCACGGAGCCUGGAUCUUUCCCCCAUAUCCGACGACAAACGUUCGAACAAAUUGGCAAUACGUUACACAUUCAUAAUGCUGAAGCAAGGGCGGCUGGUGUGUAUUUUUGCUACGAUGACACCGCGAUCAAUUUGGUCCGCUAUUUCUAUAUUCUUCACGCAAUGACGCCGAUCAAUCAAGUAAAACACAUCUACUUACUGGCCUGGCGAUCAUAUUUCUAUCACGUGCAAAGUUUGUCAACGAGGUCUCGAUUCAAAUGGGAAGAUCAAAACAAGAAUGAGAAGUUGCAACACGCGGAUGUUCGUGUGCAAUUUUUACCAUUCAAGCUCCAGUUCCAUACAAGAUCGGGCCAAUUCGAGGGAUCAGGGGAUUCUGAACCGUCUUACAUGCCCGGAAAUCGAAUUCAGGCCACAGAGAACGGAUCUUUGCCCCAUAUCCGACCACAAACGUUCGAAUAUAUUGGCAAUACGUUGCACUUUCAUAAUGCACAAGCAAGGGCGGCUGGUGUGUAUUUUUGCUACGAGGACACCGCGAUCAAUUUGGUCCGCUAUUUCUAUAUUCUCCACGCGAUGACGCCAAUCAAUCGAGUGAAUUGGAUGGAUGAUGCUAAUUUAAAGAAUCGUCUUCAGCUGAGUCCGGAUAUGGGCAAAAUGAAU